AAAUAACAAAAAAAAAACAAAAAAAGAAGUAAAAAACGUCAUGGCUAAGUUUGCUUCCAUCAUCACCCUCCUCUUAGCCGCUCUUGUUUUCUUCGCUGCUUUUGAAGCACCGAUGAUGGUGGAAGGACAACAACCAAAGUACUGCAGGAAGCAGAGUAAGACAUGGUCAGGUUUAUGUACAAAGAGUGGUUCGUGCAAGAAACAGUGCAUCCGCGUCGAGAAAGCAGCUCAUGGUUCUUGCAAUUAUAUCUUUCCAAUUCACAAGUGUAUCUGCUACUACCUUUGUUAAUAUAUCUACCAAAAAUCUUGGGUAUAUUUGGUGUUUGUGUGUUUAUUUAUAUCUUUUGGUGUUUAUUUACAUUCACUAGUUCCGUGUCACUCUUUUAGUGAUCUUUAUGGCAUCUGCCAUGUAUGUUUUAUGUUGGUUUUCAAUAACACAAAUUGUUAUGUACGGCGUACUACUGUUUCAUAAAGAUAAUAA